AUGGAGAUCGAGGUGAAGCUCCGUCUCCCGUGCAAAUCCUCCCAUCAGCGCCUCCUCUCCGUCCUCUCCCCCUUCUACGCCGCCACCCACCACCAGCACAACACCUUCUACGACGGCCCGGCCUCCGAGCUUAGCUCCAGGCACGCCGUCCUCCGCCUCCGGUUCCACGAGGACACCGAUCUCCCCAAGUGCUUCGUCUGCCUCAAGGCCAAGGCCGUGCUGGCCGGCGGCGUCAGCCGCGUGGAGGAGGACGAGGAAGAGGUAGACCCCGCAGCCGGGAGGGCCUGCUUCGAGAGCCCCGGGAAGCUGAUGGAUUUGGAUUCUAGGGUUCUGAGGCGGGUGAAGGAGGAAUUUGGGGUCGAGGGUUUCGUUGGAUUGGGAGGGUUUAAGAAUGUUAGGAAUGUGUAUGAGUGGUGUGGGGUGAAGUUGGAGGUGGAUGAAGUUCAGUACGAAUUUGGGGAUAUGUAUGAGGUUGAGUGUGAGAGCUCGGAGCCUGAGAGGAUCAAACGGAUGAUCGAAGAUUUCUUUAAGGCGAACGGUAUCGAGUAUUCUGAUUCGGUCAUGUCGAAGUUUGCGAUCUUCCGAGCCGGGAAGUUUGAUCUGGAGCUGUAUGACAUUCUUCUUCCCUCCACAAUAACAUUUGGAUCAUUUAAACUGUUAUUCAAUCCAGUUUCAAUCUUGUGGUCAGAGCUAUUAAGUGAAUUGAGCCAGUCGUGGACUCGGCUCGACAAGGCUCGAAAGAGUAUCUCCCCUUCAAACCCAUUGUUCUCCAGCCUUAGCUCCACCAGCUUCGGCAGCCGCGCCAGGCCCACCGGUAUUGGGCCCACAAACCGAUUAUUCGCCAGGUGGAGCUUCUUCAGCGACAUCAUCCCGUCAAAUGUAUCAGCCGCUAUCUCCCCCGAGAACUUGUUGUUCGACAGGUAGAUGCUCUUGAGGGCCCCGAGCUGCGACAGGCUGGGCAGAGGCCCGUCCAGCUCGUUGUUCAUCAGGCUCACGGUCCGCAGGCCCGUUAGCCGGCCCAACGAGUCGACAUCAACAGUCCCUCCCAGGCCCAUGUUUUCAAGCUUCAGGCCCCAAACGACCCCUCCUUCGCAAAUAACACCGGGCCAGCCGCUGCAGGGUGGGCCUGGCCCGGCCCAUUUGGAGAGGGCUCCGGUGUUUGUGAGGGAGUCUUUGAAUUUGAUGAGGGUCUCAGAUUCGGGGUCGCUGGAGGCUAAGGUGACGAGGUGGAAGAAGAGGAGGACGAGUGUGGAGCUCGUGGCUCGUUUUCCGGCCAUGGUGGCGCGCACGUGCGGGUGCGCGCGGGCCGUGGGGCGGUGGAUUGGGGAUCUUUUGGAGGGUUUGUUUGUGGGGGAAGAGAGGGAAAAAUGGGAGCUUGUGGUCAUGGAGGGUGUUUUCAAGAAUAGUGU